AAGUUGGGCUCCGACAGACUUUGCUCGGCUUGGCAGUGUCAGAUAGGCUGUGCAGGGCGGAAAUCGACUGUCGGGUGUUCGGAGAUGACAAUGCGGACGCUGGUGCUGGUUGUGGGGCUCCUGGCGGUGUUGGGGUGCCGGGCCGUGGAGGUGAAGAGGCCUCGGGGGGUCUCCUUGUCCAAUCGCGUCUUCUAUGAUGAGGCAAAACCAUUCACCUGUCUGGAUGGGUCCAAGACGAUCCCCUCUGACCGAGUGAACGAUGAUUACUGUGACUGUGUGGACGGGACUGAUGAGCCCGGUACAUCUGCGUGUUCCAAUGGUAAAUUCCACUGCACCAAUGCCGGGUAUCGGCCCAUGUACAUACCUUCAUCUCGGGUUAAUGACGGUAUUUGUGAUUGCUGUGACACUACUGAUGAGUAUAACAGUGGAGCAAACUGCCAGAACACCUGCAGGGAGAUGGGUCGAAAGGAGCGAGAAGAGCUGGAGAAGAAAGCUGAAAUGGCUCGGGAGGGAAUGCUGCUGAAACAGAAGUAUAUUGAAGAUUCCCGAAAGGGACGUGAAGAGAAACAGGUGAGGCUACAAGAAAUGGUGGAGAAGCGUCAGAGCGCACAGUCGGAGGUCGACUCUCUGCUUGCCAAAAAAGAGGAAGCAGAGACACCAGAGAAGGAAGCAAAGGAUGCGCACAAAAAGGAAUGGGAAGAGAGGAGAGAAGCAGAGAAGGCUGCCUUUGAAAAGAAGAAAUCGCUGGAAGCUUUUACUGAGCUGGAUGAGAACUCCGAUGGGACACUGUCUACACAAGAGCUGCUGUCCCACUCGGAGCUUGAUUCAGAUGGAGACGGUUCCCUGUCUGACCAGGAAGCCCAGGAUCUCCUUUCAGGCUCGCAGUCAGUGGAUGUCUCCACUUUCCAAGAUUCUGUCUGGCCCCAGAUUAAGGAAAAAUACAAAUCUAAGAGUGAAGCCCCUUCAUCGCCUCCUGUGGAAGAGGGAACAGAUUCUCAUCCAGACAUUCCCCAUGAGGACGAUGGGGAUGAUGAUGGAGAGGAGGGAGGAGAUGAGGAAGAUGAUGACGAUGAUUUGGAUGAAGACCAUAGGGGUCCACCUGGUAAACCUCAGGGGGAGGAGUCUGAGAUGCCGCCAUAUGAUGACGCAACCCAGCAAUUAAUAGAUGCCGCUGAAGCAGUUCGUACUGAGUAUGAAAUUGCUUCCAAAUCUUUAAGGGAAAUGGAAGAUACAAUCAGAAAUCUGGAGAAGGAGAUUUCACUGGAUUUUGGAUCCCAGGGAGAAUUUUCCUACCUCUAUGGACAAUGUUAUGAGCUUUCAACCCCUGAGUACGUUUAUCGCCUCUGUCCGUUUAACCGUGUAACACAGAAGCCGAAGGCUGGAGGAUCAGAGACCAAUUUGGGAAUCUGGAAUACCUGGGCCGGAACAGAAAACGACAAAUUUAGUGCCAUGAAGUAUGACCAGGGCACAGGCUGUUGGCAAGGUCCCAACCGGUCCACACUGGUGAAAUUGCUCUGUGGUAAAGAAACAGUUGUCACAUCCACGUCGGAGCCAAGUCGAUGUGAAUACCUCAUGGAGUUCUACACUCCGGCCGCCUGUCAGCAACCUGCUGAAAUCCCCCAACCAGAGGAUCAUGACGAGCUGUGAUCUCAUCAGUCCAUUAAGAUGGAGCUCCAGACUCCGUGUAAUUCUUCCUGGGAACUAUGAACGCUGUGACCAGUGGGAUGAAGCCCCGUGACAUCUCUCUUGUGACCUCAGAUUCCCCGCCCCCACCUCCUUCCUUCCUGAUCACUGCAGUAAAAGUCACCGGCAACCAACAGACACAUUCCUUCCAUCCUGCAUUGCUGCUUUCCCACACCUCCACGUUGUACAUAGUCAUGAUUUCGGUGUGCGAUGUUUCGUUUUAUUAAAUUUACACACGUUCCCCAUUGA